GGCGGGCGCCGGGAGGGGCCGGACCGGGUAGGGCCGGGAGGGCGGCGGCGGCGGCGGCGGAGCGGGCAGCAUGGGUCCUCGCCGCCGGCUUCGCUGAGACGCGCUCGCGUGGGCUGCCCGCCCGGGCCGCUGUGGUCGCGGCGGCAUGAAGGGCGCUCUCGGGAGCCCAGUGGCCGCCGCCGGCGCCGUGAUGCAGGAGAGUUUCGGCUGCGUGGUGGCCAACCGCUUCCAUCAGCUGCUGGACGACGAGUCGGACCCGUUCGACAUCCUGCGCGAGGCCGAGCGCCGGCGCCAGCAGCAGCUGCAGCGCAAGAGGCGCGACGAGGUGGCGGCGGCCGGGGCUGGUCCCCGCGGAGGCAGGAGCCCGGCCGGGCCCUCGGGCCACCGAGCCGGCGCGGGCCGGAGGGAGUCGCAGAAGGAGCGCAAGACCCUCCCGGCGCCCGGCGCGCAGGGGCCCGACAGCCCCGGGGGUGGCCUGCGGUCGCCGGGCCAGAAGCGGACCCCUAGAAGAGGGGAGCAGCCAGGAUGGAAUGACAGCCGUGGGCCCGAGGGGACGCUUGAAAGAGCCGAGCGGAGACCCUACAGGGAAUACCGACCCUAUGAGACUGAGAGGCCGGGGGACUUCACAGCUGAGAAGUUUGCGGAUGAAAAACCAGGUGAUAGGUUUGAUCGAGACAGACCGCUGAGAGGACGUGGAGGCCCGAGAGGGGGUAUUCGCGGCCGAGGCAGAGGUGGCCCUGGGAACAGAGUUUUUGAUGCUUUUGACCAGAGAGGGAAGCGAGAAUUUGAAAGAUACGGUGGGAAUGACAAAAUAACAGUCAGAACCGAAGACAACAUGGGUGGCUGUGGAGUUCGCACCUGGGGAUCAGGUAAAGAUACCAGUGACGUGGAGCCAACUGCACCGAUAGAGGAACCGACAGUGGUGGAGGAGACCAAGGGCACCCCAGAAGAGGAGUCUCCAGCCAAUGUUCCUGAGUUGGAGGUAGAAGAAGAAACUCAAGUUCAAGAGAUGACUUUAGAUGAGUGGAAAAAUCUUCAAGAACAGACCAGACCAAAGCCUGAGUUUAACAUCCGGAAACCAGAAUCCACUGUGCCUUCCAAAGCAGUGGUGAUUCACAAGUCAAAAUACAGAGAUGAUAUGGUGAAAGAUGGCUGUGAGGAUGAUUCCCAUGUGUGCCGGAAAGCUGCCAACGACAUCACAUCCCAGCUGGAGAUUAAUUUCGGUAACCUCCCUCGUCCUGGGCGUGGAGCCAGAGGAGGCAGCCGGGGAGGCCGGGGAAGGAUCCGGAGAGCAGAGAACUAUAGGCCCAAAGCAGAAGUGGCGAUGAAAGAUGUUGCCCCCAACCCAGAUGACCCUGAAGACUUCCCUGCACUGUCUUGAAAGAGCGCUACUUCCCGGCACCAGGGAGCUGCACCACACACCCAUGGAGAGACUCUUGCUGCUGCGGGAAGACACUCAGACUCUAGGAACAAUAGAUGUUGCUUUUCCCAUAUCGUAUGAAUUCAUUGCACUUUUUCAGGCUGCGCUGUUAGACAGAGGGGCUUCUUCAGAGGCUCGAGAGCAGGCCCUUUCUGUUAGGGUGAGCCUGGCCCUUUCCCAAGGAGGCCAAGAAUGGCGAUUGUGUUUCUAUCGAAGGAAUUUGAAAUGACGUUCAGGAAUAAUGUUUAAAAUGUGUACAGAGAGAUUGUGUGGACUCUCCUCCACAGAAGCUUGGAGGGAAAGGGGGGUGAAAUAGACUCCGCUGAGGCUCGCAGGAAGCUGUCCAUUUCCGGAGGCUGUGCCUUUAGCAUUAGAGGUGCAUAGACCUGGAACUGUUCAUGUAAAGCAGUUACAGCUUAGUUUUCAGAGACCAAGAGAUUAAAAUAGAGUUGUACUUACUGUUUACUUGUAAAUGUUAUCUACUCUCCUGGAAUAUUUUGAGUUCUGGUUUUCACUUAACCAAUCAUUUUAAAUCGCUAUUGUGUAGCCACUGGUCACGCUGUGUGACACAGAAUCAGAGAAAGUAUUGAUAUUUAAUGGUGAUUUAAACUACCUCGUGGUUUCUGUGUGCACACACACGUAUCGAGUGUAUGGGUGGUUUUUAGGAAGAAUAUUAAGUAUAUGACUUUAAAAACCAUGGUCUUUAACCUGCCAAGCAAACGGACAGGGGUCAUGGCAAAAGCGAAUACCGCACCCUUUCUUCCGCAGGCAGUGUCAGCGUUCGGCAGCUGUGGACAAAGGCCUCUGCCCUCGGCCUGGGCAAGAGUUGUAAAUAACAAGUAUUUAUUAAGCACUUAGAAGCAGUUUUUCUCACUUAUUCCUGGCCCCAGUUCUAGAGUUCCUCUCUAUUGCUGUUGGUGAAAGUUUGGGGAUCGGGGUAUACCUCAGAGGUUCAGUAACUCACCUGGAGUCCCGCCUUGAACACAGCUGGACCCAGAGCCACUCAGGCGCACGCACAGAGCACAUCGCGUGCUGCAGAGGAAGCGGCCCGGGAGGGCCUGCAGUCCAGGUAGCUGUAGAGCUGCUGGAAGCUGGGGCGAUGCUCUCCCUGCUUUCCCGUAGAUACCUCAGGUCCUGUCUGCCUGUUGUCACCCAGUUCAUAUGCUCGCCUGUGAUGGAAUCUGAACGUCGGCCCCAGGAUCUGUGCUUUUUUUCACUUUGCCACACCGUCUAAGGUGGCUUUGAACUGGAACCCAAGUGCAAAUAAAGGUUGGUAUUCGCUCCUGA